GUUCUCUCAAGAGUAAGUGAACAACUGAGAAACUCCUAACACAAUGGCACCCAAGAAGGCAAAGAAGAAGGCAGCAGAGGCCAGCUCCAAUGUGUUCUCCAUGUUUGAGCAAGCCCAGAUCCAGGAGUUCAAGGAGGCUUUCACCAUCAUGGACCAGAACAGAGACGGUUUCAUUGACAAGGGUGACCUGAGGGACACCUUCUGUGCUCUGGGCCGUCUCAAUGUGGGUAAUGAGGAGCUGGACGAGAUGCUGAAGAUGGCCCCUGGACCCAUCAACUUCACCAUAUUCCUCUCCAUGUUUGGCGAGAAGUUGAAAGGUACUGAUCCUGAGGAGACCAUUAUUAACGCCUUCAAGAUCUUCGACCCCGAGGGACAGGGAGUCCUCAAGGGAGAAGAUAUCAAAUAUUACAUCAUGUCUCAGGCGGACAAGUUCACCGAAGCUGAGGUUGAAGACAUGUUCACAAACUUCCCCUUGGACGUCGCCGGCAAUCUGGACUACAAGAACCUGUGCUACGUUAUCACCCACGGAGAGGACAAGGAGGCGGAGUAAAGGAACCAAUCACAACCUUGAAAUCACCCGACCAAUCACCUCUGACAGCCAACUACACAUCACUCUUUCCACAUCUCACCAUUCUGACAAUAAAAACCUAGU